GAGAAAUCAGGAAUGAAUCCGGUAGAUUUUCCUUCAGACGGCGAGUUGAUUACCGCCAUUGCUACUUGCCAUUCUCUCACUAAAAUUCAUGGUGAAUUACAUGGCGAUCCCCUUGAUUUGAUUCUCUUUAACAAGACCGGAUGGGCGAUGAUGGAAACGGUUGAUGAUAGGGAAGAGAGCGAAAUGCAGCUCUACGAUAACGUCCAGGUACAAGUGGAUCUAUACGCACAGCAUGGCUAUCGUUUGAUUGCGGUGGCACGAAAAGCGCUCGAACUGAGCUAUGCAAAAGCUUCGAAAGUUCCUCAUAAUAUGGUUGAAAACGAUUUGACGCUUCUGGGUCUCGUAGCAUUAGAAAACAGAGUAAAAUCCGUUACUAAGGGAGUGAUUAAUCAACUGAAUCGUUGCAAAGCCACAGGCACCGAUCUGGAGCUAUGUGCGAGAAUCUCUUAUCCAAACCUGCUAUUUUCACUCAAGGCUGCACCAUGUUCCAAAAAGACAGUUGAUGGAGACUCGGUUUCUGUUGAUGUUGGAAAGAAGCAUAGUCUCGAAAGUUCCUACCAACUUUCCAUUUCAGGCCCGACAUUUGCCAUUGUAACACAUCACUAUCCCUAA